GUCUGACCAAUCACAAACCACUUUGCUUUGAGGUGGACGACGGUUCUGCGCAGUGUGCGAUGAGGUAAACAGUUGGCGUGUUAAAACGAAACAAAAAUGGAUCCACCGAAAGAUGUGCAGCCGCCCAAACAGCAGCCUAUGAUCUACAUAUGUGGAGAAUGCCACACUGAAAAUGAAAUUAAGGCCCGUGAUCCAAUCCGAUGCAGAGAGUGCGGCUACAGGAUCAUGUACAAGAAGAGAACAAAGAGAUUGGUUGUCUUUGAUGCCCGAUGAAGAAGAGGAGAGCAGCAGUUUUGAUUAUUUUUGUUGUGUACUAUUUUUGUACAUAGUACUGUUUUUUACACAAGAGUAAUGGAUGAAAGGUUUUGGUUUAUUAAAAAAAACAAGAUUGAC